ACUGUAGCUGCGUGCGGUAGCUGUAUAAAACAUAAACUGCAGUGCAUUAUUGCUUUAAUAACUUCAUCAUGACUGACUCUUUGCUUCGCUGGGCUGUUGAUACGUUAAGAAAUAGAUUUGGUUUGGAUGUAAGCGACGACAUUGUACGGUACAUCCUAUCCAUUGACAAUGCUGAUGAAAUUGUGGAAUAUCUUGGGGAUCUCUUACAAGGAACUGAGGGAAAGAAGAAAGAGUUUGUGGAUGAGCUGGUGCUGAGAUGGCAGUCUUGUCGGACACCAGAACCUGACGGUCCAGAGCUCGUCCUCAUGAAGGAGGCAGUGAUGGAAGGUUUGGAUAUGAUACCCAAAGACACCCAGAAGAAAACAAAACGAAAGGGAAGGAAUAAGCAAGAGUUUGUGACUGUCUCUCAACCAGAGCCAGAGCCUGUGAAAACCCCCAUUGACAUGAUGAAGGCACACGAGAACAGCGGCUCUUCAUCGGUGAAAAAGAAGAACAAGUUUGUGAAUCUGUAUGCCAAAGAGGGUAGUGAUCAUCUGGCUAUCUUACUUCCUGGCCGGCAACCCUGCGAUUGUUUGGGUCAGAAACACUCCCUCAUCAAUAACUGUCUGAGCUGUGGUCGUAUAGUGUGUGAGCAGGAGGGGUCAGGACCCUGUAUGUUCUGUGGCAGUCUGGUCUGUACUAAAGAGGAACAGGAGAUACUGCAGCGGGACUCCAACAAAAGCCAAAAGCUCCGUAAAAAACUCAUGGGAGAGGGAUCUGAGAGGGAGUUUCUGCCCCACCAAGAAGCCAAAAUGAAGGCCGGUUUGGAGAAAGCUCUACAGCACAAAGACAAACUUCUGGAGUAUGACAAGAACAGUGUUAAGAGAACACAAGUCUUGGAUGAUGAGUCAGAUUACUUUGCGACGGAUUCCAACCAAUGGCUGUCACCAGGUGAGCGAGAAGCAUUGCGCAAACGGGAUGAGGAACUUAGGGAGCUUCGGCACGCAUCCCGCAAAGACAGAAAGAUCACGCUCGACUUCGCAGGCCGACGAGUUUUGAAUGAGGGGGAGAAUUUGAGUCCAUACUAUCAAAAGUUUGAUGAGACAGUCAAAGCCAUCAACACUGGGUCAUUUGUUCAGACACCAAAGAAUUCUGUUGCCACUGAUCGACAGCACUUCAGAGAGCUUGUCAACCCCAACAUUGGGCAGGCAGCACCAGAGUGGGUUCAUAUGAGCGGUAGCGACACCUCACGGAAGUCUUCAUCAAAGGUCGUGAGCAGUGCGCAGAAAAGUGAGCGCAGCAGACUUCGACUGCAGGACAGAGAGCUGCAGGAGAUCGCAGACGGAGGCUGGUGUCUCAGCAUGCAUCAGCCGUGGGCUUCACUGCUUGUCAAGGGCAUUAAAAGGGUAGAAGGCAGAACAUGGUACACAUCCCACAGGGGGCGCCUUUGGAUCGCUGCUGCUGCUAACAAACCCACUCCUCAGGAGAUAACACAAGUGGAGGCCAUGUACCGCCACAUUUACAAAGAUGUGCCCCAGUUUCCUACAGAGUAUCCUACAGGCUGUCUAUUAGGAUGUGUCAAUGUCACAGAUUGUCUUUCUCAAGAGCAGUUUAGAGAGCAGUAUCCCCAGAUCAGCGAGGAGUCGACUUCUCCAUUUGUCUUCAUUUGCUCCAUUCCCCUGGAGUUGGUGGUGAAAUUUCCCAUGAAAGGAAAGCACAAGAUUUGGAAACUGGAGAACCAGAGCCACCAGAGCGCCAAGAAGUGUUUAAUGCAGCCAGCAUGACCUGAACAAAGCCAGGCUGGUCUAGAGAUGAGCAACAGAGAAUCCCCACAUCGACUGAGGCAUAUAGCUUCAUAUAGAGCAAAUUGUGAAUUCAAUAGAUGGCUGAACUUGAAUCAACUCUAAUAGUACGAUAACUGCGCAAUCAUUCCCUGAUUGACUGUUAUUGCAUUUUCUGAAAUAAAAGGCUUUAAGAUUACUUGUGUGU